AUGGAACGGGAGGUUCUGCCCAGGAGUGACGGACGCGACAUCGAGAUCAAGGAAGCACUGUUCGUGCCAAGUAUGAGCAAGGAUCUGCUUUCGGUACUGCAGAUCAACAAGGGUGGCAAGUUCCAAGUCGUGUUCGAUGGCUCCAAGAUACAAGUAACGCGCAAGAAUUCCAAGCAAGUUGUGAUGACAGCGGAUCUCGUCGACGGAAUUUUACUGGCUGCGGACUCCUCAACGAUCGACUAA